AUCACCACCUAGGUUUCGUAGCUGAGUUGCUACAGCACUGCAGCCACGAACUCAUUGGUCUGUGGUUUGAAUCCUUCCAUGGCACAAAUUUUCACUUUACCUUCAGUUAUCACUCAUUGACAGUAAUGUCUCGAUAUCGAAUCUGUUCAUAUACUGAUAGCUUUUAGGGAUUAGGUAGAAGGGAAGUUCAUGCAAAGCAUUUUCUCUUAUUCAAAGCUCAUUAACUAACUAUGAUCAAAAAGUGGGCAAUCAUUUUAUAACUGAGAACGUUUUCCUCACGAUCUGAAGUCAGUUAGAGAAUCAUUGAAAACCUUGGGGGGCUCUACAGCUGUUUUAUCCUAGUUUUGGUACUUCUCAACAAUACUCACGUAUGACUAACAGGUCUAGUGAUCAGUAUGAUAGCAUUCACGAGUCACGAACCAGGACGAAACAGCUAUCCGGUGCUCGCAGGAUUUCAGUAGUUCUUCAACUUAUCUGAAUCAGUGAUGACGCUGAUCUUGGAAAUAAUCAAUCACUACAAACUACCAAUUGAACAGUGAAGAUUUACUAGAAGCAAUACAAAAUAAGCUAGUUCUAACGAUAAGAGGAUAUACACAAAGCGACAUGGAUUUCACCAGAUGGACACACUGAAAAUCAAAUCGACUUUAUCUCAAUCUCAAGAAAAUGGAGACGCAGUCUACUUAACACAAGGUCAAGAAGAGGAGCAGAUGUAGGUUCACACCACUCACUAUCCAGUGCAAGGAACUUCCAAAUCAAGUUAAAAGCCUUCAAGGAGCUGGUGAUAGACCUCAAUUCAAGUACAACACUCGGAAACUGAAGGAUGAAACUACAAAGGAGAUCUUCAAGGCAGUCAUCAAGACAAAAUGGGAGACAUCGAGCAACAUCCCUGAAGAAACCUGUGUGGAAGAACACUGGAAGUCUUUGAAAGCUAUGUGGAAAGAAACCUGCACAACAGUAUUAGGAAGGAAGAAGAAAGAAGAUAAGGAAUGGAUCUCGACGGAUACCUGGAAGCUGAUAGAGGAGAGGAGGAUGGUGAAGCAGAAGAUAAACCAGUGCAAGGACGCUCAACGACAAGAGGAACUGAGCACAAUGUAUAAAGCACUGAACAAAGAAGUGAAGAAGAGUGCACGGAAAGACAAAAGACACUUCUACGACACACUGGCAAGUGAAGCAGAACAGGCUGCAGGUAAGAGAGACCUGACGACAUUGUAUCAAAUAACCAGGUUGCUAUCAGGGAAGAGACCAACACAGAUGAAACCAAUAAAAGAUGAAGAAGGAAAUUUAUUUAAGAAAGAUGAGAAACAAAGGAAACGAUGGGCUGACCACUUCAACAAGCUCUUGAAUCUACCACCACCUGCACUUCGUCCAGAAAUACCACCUACAGCCGCUGAACUACAAGUGAACAUUAAUCCCCCAACGAAAAUGGAAGUCCUGAAUGCCAUAAAGCUACUGAAAUGUGGGAAAGCAGCAGGACCAGAUGGGAUACCGCCAGAAGCACUGAGAACAGACGCAGAGACAACAGCGGACAUGCUCACACCACUAUUGCAGAAGGUAAGGAAGGAAGAGAAGGUACCGGACGAUUGGAAGAAGGGUUACCUGGUCAAACUGCCGAAGAAGGGAGACCUCAGUGUUUGCAAGAACUGGUGCGGAAUCACUCUCCUAUCCACUCCAAGUAAAAUAUUAAGCCGCAUCAUCCUAGAGAGGCUUAAAGACGCACUGGAUUCAAAACUACGACCGGAACAGGCAGGCUGGCUGGAUUCAGGAAGUACAAAUCAUGUGCAGACCAAAUCGCAACGCUUCGUAUCAUCAUAGAACAGAGCAUAGAAUGGCAAUCAGCUCUCUACCUCAACUUCAUAGACUUUGAGAAGGCCUUUGACAGCGUCGACCAAGAAGUAAUUUGGAAACUGCUUCAAUACUACGGAGUACCGCAAACCUUUAUCCGCCUCAUUCAACAACUAUAUGAAGAUGCCACAUGCCAAGUAAUCCACAAUGGGAAGCUCAGUGAUGCCUUUGAAGUGAAGACAGGAUUGAAACAAGGUUGCCUACUAUCCCCCAUGAUAUUCCUGAUUGUGGUCGACUGGACUGGAUCAUGCAGCAGACAACAGUG